CUUGUCAACCUGGGUUCUACAAAGCCUCUGCUGGCAAUGUGAAGUGUGCCAAAUGCCCACCUCACAGCUCUACCUAUGAAGUUGCAUCUCUGAACUGCAGGUGUGAAAAGAAUUACUUUCGCUCUGAGAAAGACCCUCCAUCCAUGGCUUGCACCAGACCACCAUCUGCUCCAAGAAACGUUAUCUCUAACAUCAAUGAGACGUCUGUUAUCCUGGACUGGAGCUGGCCUCUUGACACUGGAGGUCGGAAAGAUGUCACUUUCAACAUCAUUUGCAAAAAAUGUGGAGGAAACAUGAAGAUGUGUGAGCCAUGUAGUGACAACGUGCGAUUCUUACCCCGUCAGACUGGACUCACCAAUACCACGGUGACAGUAGUGGACCUUUUGGCACAUACCAAUUACACUUUUGAGAUUGAUGCUGUCAACGGGGUAUCUGACUUGAGUACACUUUCCAGACAAUUUGCUGCUGUCAGCAUCACAACUAAUCAGGCUGGAGUUACUCUGACUGCUCGUAUAACUAAUUGAUUUGGAUAUGCUAGUAAAAGCAGAAACAAACCCAGUGUCUGUUGCUGUCAUAGGACCUGGCAGCGUGACUGUUAUGAUUAACUCCCAGUUCCCAGUUAAUAGUCUCUAAUAGCAGGCUCACAUGAUUCCUUAGCCAGAAUGUGUUUUAUUAAUAAAACUAGGUUUUAAUAAAACACUCAUUUCAAUAAUUUCC